CUCUGAAAGUUUCUCAUCAUCACAAGAUCACAGAUGCAUUUGAAAAACGAAAAGUGUAAAGUCGAGUUAGAGGGUGGCGGAACAGCAUGGCAGCCGCGGUGUUGACGAACAGUUGGAGAGGACUUUAUCAGACUUUUACUUAUGGGAAAGUCGCUUCUUCAUUACCGCUAUGUUAUACGGGGGUUAGGCAUAAAUCUACACUACAGUAUGCGUCGCGUCCAGACCUGCCAAAGCUGGCCUACAGGAAGAUCAAGGGGAAGAGCCCCGGCGUCGUCUUCCUGCCCGGCUACGCCUCCAACAUGAGCGGAUCCAAAGCAGAGGCGCUGGAGGAGUUCUGCAAGUCUCUCGGACACUCUUACCUGAGGUUUGACUAUACAGGUUGUGGCCAAUCAGAAGGCGUGUUUGAGGAAUGCACAGUAGGAACCUGGAAGAAGGAUGUUCUGUAUAUGCUGGAUGAAAUCGCUGAUGGCCCACAGAUCCUGGUGGGAUCCAGUAUGGGGGGUUGGUUGAUGCUGCUGGCUGCCAUUGCGCGGACUGAGAAGACGAAAGCCCUGGUGGGCAUCUCCACAGCAGCUGACUACCUGGUCACGUCCUUCAAGACACAACCAAUAGAGGUUCGUAAGGAGGCGGAGGACAAGGGGGAGUGGAUGCUGCCCAGUAAGCACAGUGAGGAGGGCCACUACCGCCUCAGCAUGGACUUCCUGCGCGAGGCCGAGAACCACUGUGUCCUGCAGAGCCCCAUCCCCGUCACCUGCCCCGUACGGCUGCUGCACGGCCUGAAGGACGAGGACGUCCCCUGGCACAUCUCCAUGCAGGUGGCAGAGCGCGUGCUGAGUGCUGACGUGGACGUCAUCCUGCGCAGGCACGGCCAGCACCGAUUGGCUGACAAGGACGACAUCAAGCUGAUAGUCUACACCAUCGACGACCUCAUAGACAAGCUGACCACCUUGGUGUGAUGAAGAAGGAGGACAAACACAUGAACACACACACACACAUACGAAAAGAAAAGACUGGAGGGAGGGAGGAGGGAAACGAAAAGAAGGGAGACAAAGAGGGAGAGGGUGAAAGUAAAAGAGGGGAUUAAAAAAAAGGAAUUGGACAUGCCAUACUGUGCUACCACACAAUCCCCAGUCCCUUGUAGAUACCAGGUCACCCCCAUCACCAGUCCCUUGUAGAUACCAGGUCACCCCCAUCCCCAGUCCCUUGUAGAUACCAGGUCACCCCCCAUCACCAGUCCCUUGUAGAUACCUGGCCCCCAUCCCCACAACACCAGCCCGAUCCCACCCUCUCCCCACAAAACCAGCCCGAUCCCAUUCCAUCCCCAGAAAACAAACCCAGUCCCAACCCCAUCCCGCCAAAACAAGCCUGAUCCCACCCCAUCCCCGCCCACUUUCUCUCCCCAGUCUCCCCUCCAACCAGACCUGCCAACGCCCCUUAAUAACCAGUACCCUCCACAGACCUGACAACCUCCUGUAUUACCACCAGCACCCUCGACAACAGCGAUCGCCUGCCUCUCCAACCCCCUUCUCCUCCUCGUGCCUUUUAAGAGUACCUCUAUACUCGUUUCCAGUUUACCAUGUCGCACCGCUGUGACCAUCCCGUCUGUGUUGCUGUUUUACCCCAGAAGUCCAGCAGCCCGCCUCUCGACUCUGUACUUGUUACCCUGGUGAUUAACCAAAUACCAUAAUAUAGGUCUACUGUGCCUUUUUUACCACAUUUCACACUAUUGUUGUUGUUUUUUUUUUGUUUUUUUUCUUUUUUUUUCUUUUUUUUUUGGGCAAUAAAGCCUCUAUCUAUUAA